AGCUCAUCUCACUUUCGGGAUGCGACACUUGCUGUGCCAUUUGUGGCUUGCGGCGGCCAGGUGGCCUCCCGAGAACCCGCCUGUGGCAAAGCAUAGCAAAGAUGUGGAUGUGUAAGAACGACGUGGCUUGACUGGCGCAGGCCUAACUUACCGGCCACACACUUGCUGGCCCGUGCGGGGUGAUGGCUGGGGUUGUGACUACUAUGGUGGACGAUACUUUUGCAGCGGCGGGCCCUGGUCCUGCAAAAGCGGAUUUGGGAAGAUCUCCGGCAACGGCUGCCACUGCUGGAGCGGGUACCGCGGCUACGCCAAGUGCUGCCCCUGCCCCGCUGUGGAGAACUGUGCCAGGGAGCACGUCACCUGCAGCACUGCCCGGAAGGCUGCUGGAGGCUCCCUGCUGCAUUUGCAGCCAUCUCGCUGCGCUCUAUGCAACCCAGGUUACAUGUUGAGUGACAAUGACACGGCUUGCGUGCCGGGGUGAGGCAGCUUCGCCUUUUGCCGCUGUACAGCUCUUGGCCCAGACCAUAGAGGCCAAGAGAGGCUUAGCACGCCUUCCUUCUCAGGAGCUUUCUUUGCAAGCGCCUUGUCGCCUUCGCCAGGC